AUGUGGGGAUUUCUGCUGUGGUUCUUUCUUUCUCUUCCUCCGCUUUACUUCUUGCUGAUCGUAAUCUUAAAAAAAGUAUCCCACAAACCAGCGCCGCCGACAUUGGAAUCGCUAUACUAUUUGUCAGCGUCGAAUGGAGGAGAAAGGCCGGGGGAUAGACUAGAUUCGAUCAAGAGCGGUCCGGCAAGUGUCGAGCUAUCGGUGGUCGUGCCGGCAUACAACGAAGAAAGUCGGCUCGAGAAAGGACUCACUGAAGCGCUCGAAUGGCUCGAAGAAAGCAGAAGCAAAGUGACACGGUUGUCUAAAGAUGCCUCGAACGACCCGCGAGACACGCCCUCUGUUAAUCACGACGACGCCAGUUUGGUUCGCUCCUAUGAGGUUCUCAUCAUCGACGACGGAUCGUCCGAUCGAACCGUCCAAAAAGCCCUCCAAUUGUCCCUCUCUCAUGCUGCAAAAACGGACAAUCAUCCCGACUCUCAAGUUCGUGUAAUCAGGCUUGGAAAGAACAGAGGUAAAGGUGGGGCUGUUCGGCAUGGAAUAUUGCAUUCUAGGGGAGAGCUGGUUCUUUUUGUCGACGCGGACGGAGCGACGAAAUUUUCAGACCUAACGAAACUGAUCAAGAACUUGAAGACGAUUCAGAUCCCAAGCACCCAGAGCGGACCAACAAGAACAGCCACCACCACCACCGCAGAAACAACAACGACGACGAAGAGGGAGAAGGGGGGAGGAGAGCAGUACGGGAUGGCGAUUGGCUCCCGAGCCCACCUGGUGUCUAGUCCGACGGUAGUCUCGAGGACCAAGUUCCGCAACUUCUUGAUGAAUUGCUUCCAUCUUUACCUCUUCAUCCUAGGACUACAAGACAUUCGGGAUACGCAAUGUGGCUUCAAACUGAUGACGCGGGCGACUGCGAUCCGGGUCGUCGAAGGUCUCCAUGUCGAAGGAUGGAUUUUUGAUGUGGAGCUGUUGUUGAGGGCUAAGUUGAUCAAGGAGCCGCGGAUCCCAAUCGUCGAAGUCCCGAUCCAAUGGGAAGAAAUCCAAGGCUCAAAACUGUCCGUGGUCAAAGAUAGCUUGAUCAUGGCCGUCGAACUGUUCUUGAUCAGAAUCAACUAUCUUCUGGGCGUCUGGGAUCUUACUUAA